AUGUGGGGUAGACGGAGGUUCCUGUCCAUGCCACUGGUGAUCGGCGCCGUCGUAAUCGGAGUUGUCUCUGGAAAAGCUAUAUUUGGACCCCCACUCGAUGAGUACUGGAAGAAAAAGCAACAAGAAGAAGCCGCAGCCACAGCAGCAGCGAAAGAAAAUGAGCAAGCCUCUCAGAGUUGA